UUUAACAAAGCAAAGAAGAUAGAAAAAAAUUACAGCAUCAAUUUUUUUGAAAGAAAAAAUAUUUCAAUUUUGAAUCAUGAAUAACUUAAUUUCGUUUCUACUCAUUCUCCCGUUUGCACUCUCAAUGCAAUUGUUUCCUCACGGAAAAAGUGCAGGAGACAUAGCUUUGGUAGUAUCUAACGAUAAUACAAAUACGUUGACUACUGGUGAUACUGACGAUGGAAUUAAAGUGAUUACCACACCCAACAUCCCAUUCUUUCAAAGAAGACAGAAUCAUAAAGUACAGAUAAGCACUAAUGGAUAUAUCGUGUUUGGUGACGAAUGCAUAUAUAAUGCCCAUGUUCCGUUGGAUUUUCCUCUCAAUUACGAAGGACAUACUUUACCAAUCAUUGCACCAUUUUGGACAGAUUUUCAUUACGGUGUGAAUUCAUCUUUGUCUUAUAGAAUUUACACAUCUCAUGAUGUCGUGAACAGAUCAAAGGCUUUUGUUUUGAAGAGGUUCACAGAAUCAAAGUUCCAACCAACGCGUGUUCUGGUCAUAACAUGGUAUAAUGUGUAUGACAAAAUAGAUAACCAGUCGAAUGGAUAUACCUUUCAACUUGUCCUAACUACGGAUGGAAGAUCGACUUUUGUUAUCUUCAUGUACAGUUCAUUACCGCUGGGUGUGGCUGCAGGGGUUGGCUUUCAAGACAGAUUAGAUUUAUUCCGCUACAAAUUUUCAUUGGAAAGCCAAGUUGGUUAUCGAUUGCUUCGAACAUCAAAUGUGGAAAUAAAUGGCGUGUUACUUUACAGAGUAGCCGAAGAAGCUUUAGGUUGCAAGGGGAAAGCUGAUGGAAGACAUCCUCAUCCUACAGAAUGUGAUAAAUAUGUUAUUUGUUCAAACGAAUGUGUUAUAAACUUGCUUAGAUGCAACUGUUCGCAACAUUACCAUCCAGAGUAUAAAACUUGUGUUCCUGCUGAACAGUAUCCUUGCCAUAGAGAUAUCAUUCAAGAUUGCGCUGGCAAGAACGCAGAACUUUUGGAACACAGAUUUGACUGUUCUAAAUAUGUCUUAUGCCUAAAUGGUAAAGUUCAUAAGAUCUCCUUGUGUCCAACUGGAAUGCAUUUCCAUCCAAGCUUAAAAGUAUGCGUUUGGAAAUCUUUCUUCCGCUGUAAAAGAGGCUCCCGCAAGGGAUACGUCCCUCCAAAGUUUUGUGAAGGAAAACAAGAUGGCGACUACGCUGAUCCCAAAAACUGCAAUCAAUAUUAUCAGUGCAAAGCUGGCAUGUCUCAUUUGAUGUCAUGCGGUUCUUACAUGUUGUUCCAUCCAACGAAACGAGAAUGCGACAUGGGAUUCAACGUGAACUGCUUGGUUGGAGUGAACAAGGACAAUCCAUCGACUUAAAGCAAUAACAUUGAUAAUUAAUUACAUCGCAAUUAUCAAACUUCGUCUAGAGAGUUAUAAAAAUGAUAUUUAUAAGAAGAGUGGUAUUUUAAUAUUGUGGUUUAUGAUGGCACGUUUAAUCUCUGAUUUUACUAAUCCAGUAACAGAAAUUUCGUGUCUCUAUAAAUUCGUGUUUGGUUUCUCUUUGUUGGCCUUUUUGUGCCUUCCAUUUGCUGUUAGCAUAUGAGUUUUGAAAAUUAUCUUCGUCAUUUUAACUGGCUCUUUCUUAUUUACCGUCUAACUGUUAUCAUUUUGAGUUAUUAAAUAGUUAUUUGGCACUUUUUUUUAUUAGUUAAUUUUUUUACUUACCUAAUGAGGUUAUAACGAUGUACUAAAGUCUUAAAAAGACUCUAUUUUCUUUUAUAUGUUUAUAUUAGUUAAAAUACAUUAAAUGUAAAACAACGAAAGACUUGUUUUAUCCUCGCUACAUGCUUGCGCCCUGAAAACUUUAACCUGUUUUCUAACAGGCUUUUUAAGACCCAAACCUCUACCUCUAUGUGGACUUAACAACAUGUUUCUGCAAAUUUUUGUUGAAAUCCAUUUUCUGGCGAUUAAUGCACUUGGAUUUUUAAAAUCAAAUCU